CCCUUCUUUUCUACCAUUCUCCUCCUCCCUCGGUAGCUUACCAGAUUCUGAUCAGCUUCGCCGCUCUGAGGGAUUCGCAAAACCAGGCGUCCGAAUAUCUAAUUCCGGCGAUACUUCGUCGGCGCCAGUUCUUAUCUCCGACAGCCCUAAAAUAUCCAUGCCAUCUACCUCAACGCUAUGAGAAGCUAUUGCUUCUCAGCAAGUGAUAUGACAGAAAAUGCACAAAAAAGCACCUGUCUGACUAGAAAGCAUCCAUGCCCCUGUGGAGAUGACCAAUGCUAUGUUAAUGAGGAAGGCUAUGAGGAUGAUGAAUUGGUUGAGCAAUUUGGAUAUGCGGAUCCAAGCUUUCUGCUGGGGACACCACUGAGUUCGGGUAACAUGAAGGUUAUUCCCUCUCCUUACAUAGGACAGUCAUUCCAAACUGAUGUUGAGGCCCUAGAGUACUAUAGCAAUUAUGGCCGUAAUAAUGGUUUCUUGGUUAGGAGAGAGCGAUCGAAGGGAAACCCAGGGCACCAAUUGGGAAUAUAUAAGCGGGAACUUGUUUGUCAUCGUGCUGGUCCUCCUCUUCCAACUAAAUCUGGAGAAGAAAAGGAUUCAAAACAUCUAAGAAAGAAAAAGCCAUCACGCUGCAAAUGUGAUGCACAAAUGGUGAUAAAGAAGAAUGUCACAACCAAUUCAAUCAGCUGGGUGGUUGUUAACUUUAGUAAUGUGCAUAACCAUGAGCUGUUGGAUAGGGAUGAUUUGCAAUAUUCACCUGGUUAUCGAUAUAUAUCAGCAGUCGAUCGUGAACGUAUAAUCUCUCUUGCAAAAGGUGGUUGCAAUGUGAACCUUAUAUUGAGGUCUCUUGAAAUGGAAAAGGGUGUUAAGAUAGGUGAGUUAAGCUUCUCAGAGAAGGAUGUAAAGAAUUUCCUUCAAGCUUCAAUGAACAUUAAUCCUGAAAAUGAGGGUUCAGAACUUCUUAAGAGUUGCAGGAUAAUGAAGGAAAAGAAUCCUGAUUUUCGCUUUGAGUUCACUAGUGUUGAGGUUAAUAAACUUGAACACAUUGUUUGGUCAUACGUUGGUUCUAUUCGUGCAUACAAGGCAUUUGGAGAUGUGGUGUUGUUUGACACAUCAUAUUAUCUACAUGCUUACAACAGACCAGUCGGUGUUUGGUUCGGUAUUGACAACAAUGGCUCUGCUACAUUCUUUGGUUGUGUUAUCUUGUUAGAUGAGAAACCAGAAUCAUACAGAUGGGCCUUGCAGGCAUUUCUUCGCCUCAUGGAAGGGAGAUUUCCGAAAACAAUGCUAACAGAUUUUCAUAUUCAGCUGAAAGAUGCUGUGAUGACAGAAUUACCGCACACUAAGCAUGCAUUUUCUUUUUCCCAGAUUCUGUCUAAACUGCCUAGUUGGGUUUCUAACUCAUUGGAUACACAAUUUGAGAAGUUUAGGUCUGAGUUCUGUAGAAUACGUGAUUUAGAGACUCCAGAGGAAUUUGAGCAUCACUGGCAUCGGUUAGUUAGUGAAUUUAGACUCAGCACAGAUAAACAUAUCACCCUUCUCUCUGUUAACCGAUCCUACUGGGCUGUACCUUUCUUGCGGAGUUGGUUUUUUGGCGGAUUAUUGGCAAACGGCGUUUUAUCAGUUAGGUCAAUCUUCAAAGGAUUUGUGAACUCACAAACUCGGCUCAAAGAUUUUAUAGAGCAGGUCGGAGUCGCUGUUGAUUUCCAAAAUCAAGCUUGUGAAGAAGCUAACGCACGAAUAAGUCAGCAGAAUUUUCAGAUCAAAACAUGCUUGCCUAUCGAAGAACAUGCAUCGACUAUUCUAACAUUCUAUGCUUUCGAGAUCUUUCAGAAAGAAGUCAUGUCGUCGGCACAGUAUGCAGUUUUUGAGACAUCUAGGGAUACUUAUCUAGUCAAGCACCACGCUAUGUCUGAUGGUGGGCAUACUGUCUGCUGCGACCCAUCUAACGAAGAGGCUAAUUGCAGUUGCAAAGGUUUCGAGUGUUCUGGCAUUCUAUGUCGGCAUAUUCUCCGGGUUCUAUCCUUGAAGAAUUGCUUCAUCAUCCCUGAGAAAUACUUGAUUCAUAGAUGGCGGAGGGAAAGUUCAUUGUUUCAUAGGAGCAGCGGCAACAAUUAUCGCACCCAAACACUGCGGUCUCUUGCCUCUAUAAUUAUUCAAGAAUCGUCGAUAACAAAAAAUCGUUUUGAAUACGUGCAGUGGUAUUUGAGCCGGCUUCUCAACCAUAUAAGAGAAAUGCCAGAAACUAACGAAGUUGCCUUAGAUACGGAGGCGGAUGCAUCCCUCAAUGCUAUAGUGGAUGUUGUUCCUGCAAGGUCAGUUACUAGAGGAAGGCCAAGAAAAUUGAGGACGCACCAAACAGCCAAAGGCUCGCAAGCAAUGUCAUAGGUUAAAGAUAAUCUUGGCGUAUGUUUUGAAACAAUGGUAGAGCGGUAUGGUUUUUAGCAUGUUAAUCAUACUGUUAUUUUACAUGUAAUACAUUUUACUAAUGUUAUAGCGUUAUUUUUCACA